CUCCAACCUGAUCUACUCCAUCGCUUCUCCAAUAGUUGUCUGUGUCUUUGUCGCACACAGAUUGACUUAGACCUGCUUCCUUUGUGCAUGUCGCACCCCAUAUAACUGCUCCCAGUACAGAACAGCGGGGGGUUGGCACAGUCUCACCGAUCCUGUCAUUCCUCACCGGUGUAUCAGAAAAGGAAAGACAGUGCCACGUUGGAGUUUCUCCAAUAUCGUUGCACGAGAUAUAAGAGGUAUAGAGACCUAGGGGUAGUCAGUGGGUGAGUGCGUCAGUUGUAGGGAGAAAGGAAGUGAGUGAGUGACCUGGAGGCGAGAUUUUGAACAUGGCGCUCCGGUCGAACUUGGACCUGGUCAAUGAAAGCGACAACUUUCCUUACUACGCGGACGACCCGGACAAGUUCAAGGCUCUUGGGAAUGGGUACUACCACUUCUACCUGGAAGGCUGCGGCGCGUGCCUGGGGUACAUGACGGCUUCGGUCGUGGAGCGCAUGCCCCUCACGCGACACUGGAGGCUGGACAAAGCCGAUCGACGCCUGGUGUUCCAACCCCGCGACGACCAGGGCAACCCCGUCGUGGACCUCGACACGCGCAGCCACAUCCUGGCGGGCUAUCUUCAGGACGUGCGCGAGCGGCGCCUCUUCGGCGUCCUGGACGGCUGGCGGAGCGAGCAGUACCCCAUCUACGGGCCCCAGCGGGAGCUUGUGCUGAGCAUGGAACGGUCGGCGACCCCGCUCUUCGGCGUGGUCACCUACGGCGUGCACAUGACCGGCUAUGUCGAGACCGAGCAGGGGAUCAAGAUAUGGGCGCCGCGGCGGGCGCUGACGAAGCCGACCUAUCCCGGCAUGAUGGACAACACUGUCGCGGGAGGGCUGAGCACGGGGGAGAAGCCGUUUGAUUGCCUGGUCAGAGAAUGCGACGAGGAGGCCUCGUUGCCGGCCGACCUGGUGCGCGCGGCGGCCCAGGCGUGUGGGACGCUGACGUAUUUCCACGUCCGCGACGCCCGAGCCGGGGGCGAGACCGGGCUCUGCCAGCCCGAGUGCCAAUACAUCUAUGACCUGAAGAUACCGCCGGACGUCAUCCCCAAGCCGGGCGACGACGAAGCCAUCGACUUCCAGCUUUUGACCGUCCAAGAGGUCCGGCAAGCCAUGGCCGAGGGCAGAUUCAAGCCGAACUGCGCCCAUUUGCUCGUGGAAUUCUUCGUCCGGCACGGAUUCUUGACGCCCGAGAACGAACCCGACUAUAUUGAAAUAGUCGCCAGAAGCCAUAGAAAGUUGGAGUUCCCGACUCCCUGAUCCCCCGUCCCCGGCGAGCCCAGUCCACCAACGCCUCGCUAAAUAGACUUUUUUGGGGAUUUUCCUGAGAUAUUCAAGGCAGGCGUCGUGCCAAAAUGACACAUGGGCCAGCUCAUUUCUUCAUCAACAGGUACAC